GUCGCCCUCUUUAAAUCGUAGGUGUCGCCUUUUGUCUUCGUGAGGCGCUUCGUCGUUCAUCAGCAACAAAGAUAGGGGGGCUGUUCCAUGCCCCUUUCAAUUGCCUUUGUCGUGACAACCAUCAUGGACUUUCCAGCCUACUCUUUUUCUGAUGCGUCCCCUCUUGCGUGUUGCCUCGGCCUUGUGUUUCGUGCCUAUGCCCUACAACCUUUGCCAAGCGAUAAUCUCUUGUCAAUCCUGCAUGGAUCAAAAGCUACAGAAGCUGUCCUCUGUCAUAUCAUCUAUCGGGCCAGAGCUAUCCAGCCUUCUCUCGGCAAUCUCUCAAUCCAUAUUUUGCAAUAGCACAUCGCGUAUUAUUCUGCUCACAACAGUCUCUUUCUCUCCCCUCUCGGUCAGCUUCAUUCAAGAACCGGCCGGCCCGGAUCCUCGCUACCUAUGCAAGGUAAGCGACCAGCCUCCGGCACCCAGCCCAUGAACUGCACACAUACACCAACCAACUAGCUUAAAUUCACCGGGCCACACUGGCUGGGGGCC